AUGUCGGACACCUGCGACUACAGCAACUCUGAGGUUUGGGACGGGAAAGCUUGCGUCCUCGCCGGCGAUUUUGCGGAUGCCAUUGCUCAACGUGGGAAGGCACAAUCCCGAUCUUACCUGUCGCCCGGCAGCUCAUGCGAGGCAGCGGUGGCGUUUGGUGACUCGUCCCCAACCCUUUCCCCGACCGACCCCUUCUCGGUGGGCGCAAACAACCGAGGGAUGCCAGGCUACUCGGCGCCCGACGAGGCAAACCUCUGCUCGGGAAGCUUCUUCACUGGCGUAGGCAGCGCCUACUGGCUCAGGCUCGAGGACGUGCGGCCAGGUGUGGCGCUCAGCCUUACCGCCUGCGGCUUCGACACCGACCUCUCCGUCUUUCAGGGAUCCUGUGGCACCCUCAAGAUGGUGGCGUGCGACGGCGACAGCGGCGGGACCUGUGGCCGAGGACCACAGAGCCAGGGAUUCCAAUUUGGUUCGGCCAUCGACGGAUUCGUUCCCAGGGCGGGCACGCAGUACUACAUCGCCGUUGGCGGCUACCACGGCAAGGCGGGCGCCGCCACCGUGACCGGUCUCGUCCAAAUCACCGGCCCGUGCAUGCUCACCAGCGAUGGCGCGUGCGCCACAUCACCUCACUACCCGAACAACUACGGUCCCAACGAGGCGUGCACCAUCACCAACGUGCCGCCGACGCCGCUCGUCGUGGCGGCCUUUGAUGUCCAAAAUCACUUUGACUACGACGACUCGUACGACCCUAACUCGAUUGACCCUAGCUGGGAGGGGAACCCGGCUGGCUGCGGCACGUACGACUUUCUUGAGGUUUGCUGGGUGACCGCGCCUCCUCCCGCGUUGCUCCCCUCCUUCCCCUCUCCGCCGUCGCUGUUCGCGGCCGCGCGGCGGCGCGCGCCACCCGCGCCCACGCCCUCCCGCCCAAUCUGCGACUGCACGGAGUUUGCCGGCGCACACUGCCGCGACCAGAUGGUGGUCGCUGCAGCGCUGCUCUCCGCCUCUGCCCGCUUCGCGCCGCCGGCGUCUGCCCGCACGCAAAUUUUCCUUACGCGAGGGGUCGUCGUUAUGAGCGCAAACAAGUACACCCUGAACCAGAAUGCAGUGACGCUUGAUGAGGCAACAGUCGAGGCUGUCGCAGCGGCCACCUCGGUCGAGGCUGUCGCAGCGGCCAACACGGUCGAGGCUGUCGCAGCGGCCAACACGGUCGACAUCCUCACGGAUGAGGGCCCUCCAGGCGGUGGCGCUCGCGAUGGUCAGCUGUCAUCUGUCCGUCAGUCCGCCGGCGACACGGCGGUUGCUCAGCACCGCGAGGUCUCGUCCUUCUUCGCCACGCUGGUGGAGGAGCGGGGCGGGUCCGGCCCGGCGGGCGAGGACACGCCGAUCGAGGAGACGCUCAAGGCUUUCAUCCGGCAGAUGUCCUUUCUGCAGAGCGAGCUCGAGCACGUCGUCUCGUCGGGCCUCGCCUCGGACAAGCGGCGGCAGUGGGUCGCGGACAAGAAGGCGCUCGAGGAGGAGAAGGCCGAGUGCAGGCGGGAGUGGGCGGCUCUGCAGGGCCGGCAGGACGACACCGCGCACGCGUUUGAGCUCGCCGCAAGCACGGCGGGCGGCGGCAGCCCCGUCCCAGCCGGGGCUCUGGCGCCAACGUCGCUGUGGACGGCGACGACGAUCCUGUCCAAGACGUCGCUGCGGGAGCAGGUUACGCUGAUCGAGGCGCGCGUCGCCCUCUCGCGCCGGCAGAGCGGCCUCGACGCGCACGACGAGGAGCUGAUGCAGACGGCAGCUGCGCUGCGCCUCUACGAGGAGGAGCGGCCGUCGCGCGAGCGGCGGGCGGAGAUCCUCGAGCAGCAGCAGGCGCUGCUGUCCGAGAUGCAGGCGCUCGUCGAGGACACGCGCGGCUUCAACGGGCACGCAGCCUUUGUGCGCGAGGGCUUCGCCGAGGGGCACAGCUACUAG